AUGGCGAACGAAUUAUAUGAUGGAAUCAUCUCGGACAGAAUACAUCCUCUCAAAAUCUUCGAUGCAGCCAAGAGUCAGGAUAGAUUUCUCAAUGUUUCUGCGCCCAUGGUGAGAUACAGCAAGCUCGCUUUCCGUCAAACCGUUUUUGAAUACGGAACCGAUAUCUGCUGGACACCCAUGAUACUCUCCAAAGAGUUCAAUCGCAACAACUUUGCCCGUGACAGCGACCUCACAAUAUCCACCCUUGGUGUCCAGCCUCCAACAAUAGUCCAGUUCGGCUCCAACAGCCCCCUCGAGCUCGCGCGCUCCUCUUCCCUUGCCGCUCCCUAUGUCAACGGCGUCGACCUCAACUGCGGCUGCCCGCAGUCCUGGGCCUGCGCCGAGACCCUCGGUGCGGCCCUGAUGGAGAAGCGCGAGCUAGUCCGCGACAUGGUUGUCGAGACGCGCAAGCGUCUGGCCGGCGAUGGUUGGCACGUCGGAAAGGAGCGCGACAUCGACAGCCCGAAGGGCCGCAGCGUCAGUGUCAAGAUCAGAGUCCACAAAGACUUGAGAAAGACGAUGGACUUCAUCGAGACCGUCAUCGGCAACCCUCAAGACCGCAACAUCGACUUCCUCACCAUCCACCCUCGCACUCGCCACACGGCAUCCAGCACCCCCAUCAACACCGAGUUUCUCGGCAUCCUGCUCGAGAAGUACGGAGAUACCCUGCCCAUCCUCCUCUCCGGCGACGUUUUCUCCAUGGCCACUCUGCCGCUCUCUGCUGUCUCAAAGACACAAAAGGAACAAGAAGGGGCGGUGAUCAAUGGCCUCACACCCUUCAACCCAAGCGGGACGAAGCUCGCGGGUCUGAUGUCCGCUCGCGGCAUUCUCGCCAACCCGGCUCUCUAUGCUGGUUACGAGGCCUGUCCCUGGGAAGCCGUCGAGUCGUUCAUGCGCCACGUCGUUCGCGCCCCUAUUCCGGUGAAGCUGGUGCAGCACCAUCUGCACGAGAUGGUAGGGCCCGGCAUGGGUCCCGAUAAGAAGGCUUUGCUUGACAAGCAGGAGAGGGCGGCGCUUCAGAGACUGGACAGCAUGGUAGACUUGAUUGAUUUUAUGGAUGACGCAAUCAACCGCAAAACAGGUAGAACAGAUGGACUUAGACGAGAACCUCAAGAUAGCUCACGAAUACCCAUGUCAUGA